AUGGAAAGAGUUGUAUUAUCAUGCUACUAAUUAUAAAAAUGUAAGAUAUUAAGAUAAAUAUUUAGAUUGGGAUUAAAUUUAAACUUGUUUUGUAUAAAUGAAUGUUUUAUAGGGAAAUAUUGCUAAAUUAGAAAAAAUAAAUAAACACUCAUCAAAUAGCUACUUAGUAUUAAGAUAAUUGGUUGAGAAUGUAUUAUUAAAAUGUCAAUAUAAUAAUGAUAUUAUAUUGAAUAAGAAAUGUUAGAAUAGUUUAUUGAUUAUUGGAGGAUUGAAGGAGAAUGAGGCCAACUUUGGAGAGAUUUACAAUGGUUUUCUUUCUAAUUGUUGGAUAUGAA